UAGUGCAGAAGCCSGUCCGGGAUUGGAACCUGCUCCGGAACGCACGGGCUCACAGUGGGCACCAACUCUCAGGACCCCUUUCCCUUCCGGGCGCUCCCAUGGCGCAGUUCGUGUUCGAGAGCGACCUGCACUCCCUGCUUCAGCUGGACGCACCCAUCCCCAAUGCACCCCUCGCGCGCUGGCAGCGCAAAGCCAAAGAAGCAGCGGGGCCGGCCCCCUCGCCCAUGCGGGCAGCCAACMGAUCCCACAGCGCUGGCAGGACCCCAGGCCGAACUCCUGGCAAAUCUAAUUCCAAGGUUCAGACCACCCCUAGCAAACCUGGCGGUGACCGCUAUAUCCCCCAUCGCAGUGCUUCCCAGAUGGAGGUGGCUAGCUUCCUCCUGAGCAAGGAGAACCAGCCUGAAAACAGCCAGACGCCCACAAAAAAGGAGCAUCAGAAAGCCUGGGCUUUGAACCUGAACGGUUUUGAUGUGGAAGAAGCUAAGAUCCUCCGACUCAGUGGAAAACCACAGAAUGCCCCAGAAGGCUACCAGAACAGACUGAAAGUACUCUAUAGCCAGAAGGCCACUCCUGGCUCCAGCCGGAAGACCUGCCGUUACAUUCCUUCCCUGCCAGAUCGGAUCCUGGAUGCUCCUGAAAUCCGAAAUGACUAUUACCUAAACCUUGUGGAUUGGAGCUCUGGAAAUGUAUUGGCUGUGGCACUGGACAACAGUGUAUAUUUGUGGAGUGCAAGUUCUGGUGACAUCCUGCAGUUGUUGCAAAUGGAGCAGCCUGGAGACUAUGUAUCCUCUGUGGCCUGGAUUAAAGAGGGCAACUACCUGGCUGUAGGCACCAGCAAUGCAGAGGUGCAGCUAUGGGAUGUACAACAGCAGAAACGACUUCGAAACAUGACUAGUCACUCUGCCCGAGUGAGCUCCCUAAGUUGGAAUAGCUAUAUCCUGUCCAGUGGCUCACGCUCUGGCCACAUCCACCACCAUGAUGUUCGGGUAGCAGACCACCAUGUGGCCACACUGAGUGGCCACAGCCAGGAAGUGUGUGGACUGUGUUGGGCCCCAGAUGGACGACAUUUGGCUAGUGGUGGCAAUGACAACUUGGUCAACGUGUGGCCUAGUGCUCCAGGAGAGAGUGGCUGGGUUCCCCUGCAAACAUUCACCCAGCAUCAAGGUGCUGUUAAGGCUGUAGCAUGGUGUCCAUGGCAGUCCAAUAUCCUAGCAACAGGAGGGGGCACCAGUGACCGACACAUUCGCAUCUGGAAUGUCUGCUCUGGAGCCUGUCUGAGUGCUGUAGAUGCCCAUUCCCAGGUGUGCUCUAUCCUCUGGUCUCCCCACUAUAAGGAGCUUAUCUCAGGCCAUGGCUUUGCCCAGAAUCAGCUGGUUAUUUGGAAAUACCCAACCAUGGCCAAAGUGGCUGAACUCAAAGGUCACACAGCACGGGUCCUGAGUCUGACCAUGAGCCCAGAUGGGGCCACAGUGGCAUCAGCAGCAGCAGAUGAGACCCUGCGGCUGUGGCGCUGCUUUGAGUUGGACCCUGCACGACGACGGGAACGGGAGAAGGCCAGUGCAGCUAAAAGCAGCCUCAUCCAUCAAGGCAUCCGUUAAUGACACACCAACCCAUCACCUCAGUUUUUUUUAUUUUUCUAAUAAAGUCAUGUCUUCCUUUCUUUU